CUCAGCUUUCGGAUUUCGUUAGCUCCUUCGAUCCAGUAACGGAAAUUUGUUUGCAGACUUCAGAUCAACUUUACGUCCUCUCCAUUUCCUCCGUAGGAGAAAGCUUCUUUAUUGUCCUCCCCAAUCCUCAGCCAAAUCCUGUUUUUGUCCCCUUCCUUUCUUGUUCAAACCCUUACAUUUUCAGAACUUAGGAAUCGAUCGUCUCUUCCAUAAUCGGAAGGAAAUCGUUGUUCAUGCGUUUCUUGGUCUCUGCCAAUUGCAUGUUUUCUUGUUCGGAACUUAGGGACCGAAUAUUUAGUUGUUUGAUACUUUUGUAGUGGGAGUUUCUGAGGGCCGCUACGGAGAUCUGGUUCUAGGGUUUCGAUUGUGGCCGCCAUGGGUGUGGACUACUACAACAUUCUGAAGGUUAAUAGGAAUGCCACCAAUGAAGACCUGAGGAAGGCGUAUCGGAGGCUAGCGAUGCUUUGGCAUCCCGAUAAGCACCGAGGUGAUAAGCAAAUCGCUGAAGCGAGGUUCAAGGAGAUCUCUGAGGCCUAUGAUGUCUUAAAUGAUCCGCAAAAGAGAGCAAUAUAUGAUGAAAAUGGAGAAGAGGGCUUGAAGGGGACGGCACCUUCUGGUUCUCGAAGAGCAACUUCAUACUCCGCAGCUUCACGUGGUCAAAAUAAUUUUCAAUUCAAUGCUAGGAGUGCAGAGGACAUUUUUGCUGAGGCCUUUCAGAAUGAAAUUGAUUCAGAGUACAUGCCACGUUCAAAGCCCACUAGACUUCAAACAGAAGGAACAAAUAGUCAGGGUGUCAAUGUUGGAGCUGCAAGCAAGGCUCAGAAAGCACCAGCAAUUGAGAGAAAACUUGUAUGCAGCCUUGAAGAACUAUACAAAGGAUCUACAAGAAAAAUCAAGAUAUCUAGGAAUGUCAUAAUAUCUAAUGGACGAUAUGUGCCUCAAUCAGAGGUCCUCGUAAUUGACGUGAAGCCCGGAUGGAAGAAGGGAACUAAGAUCACAUUCCCAAGAAUGGGAAAUGAGGAAGCAAACAUGAUUCCAGCAGAUAUAGUAUUUGAAAUUGAUGAGAAACCUCAUGCUCUAUACAUGAGGGCCGGCAAUGAUCUUGUUGUUCACCUGAAGAUAUCACUAGGAGAAGCCCUCGGAGGCACCACAGUCAAGCUUCAAACCCUCGACGACCGCGAACUCACCGUUCAGCUCGCAAACAUCGUUAGCCCUGGCUACGAGCUUCUGAUCGCCAAAGAAGGGAUGCCCAUCGCUCGCGAACCGGGGAACAAAGGCAAUCUAAGGAUCAAGUUCGACGUCAUUUUCCCUUCCAGUUUGACAGAAGAGCAGCGCACGGGCAUCAAGAACAUCUUACAGUGCUGAAACUUCUGAACUACUGAUACUGCCUUUUGCAACUGAUGUAAAAAGUUAAAGAGGUAUAUCUGUUUGCAAAUACUUGUUUUCUUUUUGGUCCAGUUCAAAUUAGCAUCCCAUUUUGUAGAAGUGAAUGAUAGGGUUAUGUGAGGGCCUUUUGUUCCAGGUGAAAUUGAUUUGCUUGUCAAUAGUUUGAUUAAAGAGAAAGAAUAGUAGCAGUUUGUAGUUGAAAUGUGUUUUCUCCUUCUUUGAAGUGGUGGUGGUUUCAAGCAGACUGAGGGUUGUUUGGUUUGUUAAUACACUGAUGUAAAAUGAAUUUUAUGUUUGAUUCAAAAGAAAAGGGUUGAAGUAAAUUAAAUUUAUUUUAUUAA